AUGCAAUCUUUGACCGUCGGUGCCAUUGAGCAACUUUAUGCUGGAAAAAUAAUACAAGAUCCUAUUCUCAAAGUUUUGGGGUUUAAAAAUGUGCCCGGAGCUAAUCCCGGACAAAAUAGAUAUCGUCUCCUUAUUACUGAUGGUGUUAAAUCUCAUUCAUUUGCUAUGCUUGCAACGCAAUUAAAUUGCAUGAUCGAAAACAAUGAACUUAAAAAUGGCAGCAUUGUUCGCUUGAAGAAAUAUGUUUGCAACAAUGUGCAGCAAGGAAAAUUUGUUGUUAUCGUACUUGAUCUCGAGAUUGUUGGUUAUGAAGCUGAUAAAACUCGUCAAGCGGAUGUCAAUAUGGAAGAAAAACCGGUUGCUGCAGCUCCUGCACCUAGCGUUUUGAAAACACCUCCGAAAAACGUCAGUCAACCAUUUUCAACUGCUAGUCCUGGAACGCCUGCUGGAAAAGUUUUCGCUAUUCGAGGUUUAAAUCCUUACCAAAGCCGUUGGACUAUUAGAGCUCGCGUUACUCAAAAAGGCUCCAUUCGUACAUGGAAUAAGAACGGUCGCGAGGGAAAACUAUUCAGUUUCACCCUUCUUGAUUCCACUGGUGAAAUCCGAGCAACAGCUUUCAACGCCGAAGUUGAUAGAUUUUUCGAUUUGAUCGAAGUCAAUAAGGUCUUUUAUAUCAGUAAAGCCUCUCUUAAACCUGCCAAUAGACAGUUCAAUAAUACUGAUAAUGACUAUGAAAUGAAUAUUAAUGCCGACACUCAGAUCGUUCCUUGUGAUGAUGGUGAAGACAUUUCAGUUCCUGGAUUCUCCUUUAAAUUCGUCAAAAUUGGCAAGCUUGAUGAUUGUAAAGCGGGAGAUUUUGUGGACAUUGUCGGCAUAGUCCACGAGGCUGGUGAUCUCACCACAAUUACUAUGAAAACGUCGAAUCGUGAUGUCCAGAAACGAGAACUCGGCAUUGUUGAUGAUUCAGGUUGUCUUGUUCGUCUCACUCUUUGGGGUCAAGAGGCAGCUAAUUUUGACGGGUCCAACCAUCCUGCCAUUGUUGUUCGAUCGGCGAGGGUUAGUGACUUCAAUGGUCGUUCAUUAAGUGCCACUGCCCAGUCCACUGUAAUGAUUGCACCCUCAACUAUACCAGAGGCGAAUAAACUCAAGGGAUGGUAUGACAACAGUGGUGGAAGUUCUCUCAACUUUGAGACUUAUCGUGGUGAGGGAUUGGUUGGAGAAGGUGGCGAUGGGUAUAAUGGAUCUCGCGAUUGGAAUCUUCUGUCUGAUCUCGAAGCUCCAGGCAUUGGGGGACAAGCCAAGGCCGACUACUUCACCACAAAAGCGACCGUGACAUUCUUGAAAAAGGAGAAUUUCAUGUAUCAGUCCUGUGUAACUGAGGGGUGUCAGAAGAAAGUCGUCGACCUUGGAAAUGGGCUCUACCGCUGCGAAAAGUGCAAUCGGGAGUCGCCCAUUUAUAAAUGGCGUCUAAUGCUCUCGCUGAAAAUAUCGGACAUAACUGGGGAGCAUUGGAUUACUUGCUUCCAAAACACUGCUGAGGUUAUACUAGGCCGGAGUGCGGACGAUUUGGGUGCUAUCAAGGAAUCGAAGGAUGAGGUUCAAAUGGAGAACGUCUUUGUGAAUGCGACUUUCAAGUCAUGGGUAUUUCGACUCCGUGCUAAGGUGGACACCUUCAAUGAUGAAUCGAGACUUCGAGUUGUGGCAGUUGAGGUGAAACCCGUCAAUUAUGCCGAGUAUGGAAGGAAGUUGCAGAAACAGAUUGAUGCGAUCAUCCCAAGCCUUCCUGCAGAGCUCACUAUGGAUGAUCAGAUGAUAUAA